AUGCAAUUCACACCUAUGUUUUAAUUAAUUUUAAGCAAAUUGAUCAAAUCUAAUAAUGAUAAAAUUUUCGAAGGCUAGCAAUAACAUUCUAAAUUCUUAUAGAUAUUAAUAAUUAUUCUUAUGUUAUUAAAAAAGUCUGUGUAUUUAUAUUCACAUGCCUUCUAUCAUAUGCAUGAAUUUCAGCAAGCUUAGACUCUUAUGAAUAACCAUGCAUUCUCAUAAGCGCACGAUUUAUUUUUAAGAUUGAUUCAGAUUCUCAAACCUCAUGGUCGUUUGCCUAAUGACUUAUUGUCAAUAUCAUAUCAAAACGCCGUAAAAAUAGGACCAAAAUAGCAAAACGAUAUUUUGCAAUUCAAAUUAGACACUCUUGGAAAUGUAUUAUAAUAUAUGCAAAACAAUCUGUAUUACAACACGAAUCAUAAUGUGGAUCUACUUGCUUAACAUGAGCCAGAAUUUAUUGGAAAUGUAUUGCAUUAUGAAUUCAAAAGAGUUGAAGCUUAUAACUAUGCUCUAUUGAGUUCGCCUGAAACAGAAGAGAAGCUAAUGUCAUUGAUUGAAUACUCAGAAGCCAGAUUUCAAAAAGAAUAAUCACUCCUCGAUUAUGCCAUUUUGAAAUGGUUGGCAUCCGGACACGGCUACAAUCCAGUUUCAUUCAAUGCCAAUUUUGGAAUGCAAUAAGGAUAGAUAUUAUUGGAUCAUUUUUUGAAUGCAGAAGCCAAAGUAGAUAAAAUGCCAUCCAUUGAGUUCUCGCUCAAACUUUACAAGGCAUUGACUGAUUUCAUUAUAUCUGCCAAUGUGUAGACCUACAAUAAAACUAUUGUUGGCUAGGUACUAAAUAGAUUUUUGAAAUUCACAGAAAAGAAGGCCAAAAACUAAGUGCAUCAAUCUUUGAUGGGCUUAGGAUGGUUGAAUACAGUUGAAUAAAGAUAUAUGUCUGCAGAAGGGUUGUUCAGAACCAUAGAUGAUCAACUCAAAACACAUAAUACAACGCCUGAAAUUCAAGUAAUUACAGCUCAGUUCUGGCAUUUGAAUAUCUAAUUACUCUAAAAAUUGACAAAGAGACAAACCGAGGUGCAAAAUUAUCAACAACAACUAAAGUAAUUCAAAAUGGCUCCAAUAUAAUAGAAAGCAGUUUUAUACUGUCAUCUACCAAAUCAUCAAGUUCAUUUUUGAGUUGAUUAUAAUUUUUGUAGCAUAAAUU